UAUUGAAUUACAUGAAAAAAAAUAAUAAAAAUAAUAUAAGAAAAUUUUAUACCCUUUAUAUUAUAUGAUAAAAUUACAAUAUUAAAAAAAAUAAAAAUUUUAAACUGGAAACUCAAUAUUUUAUAUCGAAUAAAGUAUAGAAGAAGAAAUAUCGUAAAUUAUAUAAUAUCAAAAUGGUGACGAUAAAUCGAAGACUUCUACCUAUUAAAUUUCAUUAUUUUUUCUUUAUGGCUGCAAUGGGUCCAAUAUUGCCACAACUAUCUGUCUAUGGAAAACAGUUAGGUGUUAGCUCGGAAAUAAUGGGUUAUAUAACAUCUUUUUUGCCAAUUUUAUAUGUUCUCGCUAAACCAGUUGCAGGCUUUUUAGCUGACUAUUUUUCGAAUUGUCGCAAAUUCAUUUUUGUAUGCAUUAUUCUUAUAAUGUCUUUAUCAUAUUCUGGUUUCUACUUUAUUCCACCAGCACCACCACAUAAAAUUGAUAUUAAAUCAAAUUUUAGUUUUUCUGUUCUAAGCGGUGAUUUGAAUAUAUGUGAUGAUCAGAUCAAUAUCAGUCAUGAAGCUCAAUGUUCUAUUACAAGACAUUUAAAUUGUACAAUUUUAUCAUCGGACAUUGAAACUCCAAUUAAAAAUUUUAAAGCUUAUAUAAGCAGUUUGAAAGAAAAUGAAUCAUCUACAUUUAUAAAAGAUUUAAAUUCAAAUGAAACAUUUAAAUUUUGUGUUCCAAAUAUAACAAUUGAUUAUAAUUUAAAUUUUAUAUGUAAUAUUGAUGAUAUUCCUGAAUGCUUGUAUAACACAGCAACAUUUUGGAUAUAUUUGAUAUUAUUAUGUUUGGGAACAAUUGGUUAUAAUGUAACAAAUAGUAUAAGUGAUGCAGUAUGUUUUGAUUUUCUAGGAGAUGAAAAUGAAAUGAAAUAUGGUGCACAAAGAGUUUGGGGUACAAUUGGUUUUGGAAUAUCAGCAUUAAUUGCCGGAAUUGCUGUUGAUUUAGCAUCAGAUGAUAUAAUAAAAAGUAUAAGACCAGCUUUAAUUAUUAUGUUAAUUUUUACUGGAUUUGAUUUAAUGAGUGUUUCUAAAUUAAAAUUACCAAAAUUUUUAACAUCUGAAUCUAUUGUACGAGAUGUUUAUAAACUUUUAUUACAACCAUCAAUUUCGAUAUUUCUUGUAUUUGCAACAUUAGCUGGUAUAAUGGAUGCUUUUAUAAUAUACUUUAUGUUUUGGCAUUUGGAAGAAGUUGCUGAAGCUACAGGUUAUAUGGCACAAGUUAAAUUAAUUGAAGGUUUUGUUAUAGCAGCCGAAUGUUUAUGUGGUGAAAUACCAUUUUUUCUAUAUAGCGGAAAAAUAUUAAAAAAACUUGGUUAUGUUCAUUGUUUAACAUUAUGCUUUUUUACAUAUUCAAUACGUUUAUUUUUAAUAUCAUGGAUACCAAAUCCAUGGUAUUUAAUACCAGUUGAAAUGAUAAUGCAAGGUUGUACAUACGCCUUAUGUUAUACAUGUAUUGUAGCAUAUGCUUCAGCGAUAGCUCCACCAGGUACUUCAGCUACAGUUCAAGGUCUUGUAGCUGGAAUGGAUGAUGGUUUAGGUUUCUCUAUUGGUUCUUUUAUUGGUGGUCUUUCAAUGAAAUAUUGGGGUGGUCGAAAAAGUUUUCGAAUUUUCUCAAUUGGUGCCAUUAUUACUUGUAUAGCACAUUUUAUAUUAAGACCAGCUUCAAAACAUGAAACACAUCGUGCCAAACAAAAAACAAAUGUUGUAUAUGAAAUACCAUCUGAACAAGUAAAAAUUAAUGAAAAUUCAUAACUAAAAAUUUAUACUAGUGUAGAAUUUUAAAUUUUAUUUUUUUUAUGUAUGUAUAUGCGUAAUUAUGUACAAAAUCGACUAUAAUUUAAAUUAAAAUAAUUUUGUAAGAAAAUUAUACACUUUCGUAUAGUAAAUAAGA